AUGGCUGGCUCUGAGGGGAGCGAUGAGGAACGGCUGCCGACUUUAGCCUCCCUGCUGCAGAUAUCUCCAUCGCCGCCUUGCGAUUUGGGUCGCCGGCGGUCCUCAUCUCCCGCCUCUAAAGCGAGGGGUGCGGCAGAGAUGGUCGUGGUAGUGAGCAGUGGGAGCGACGAGGAGGAGGUCGUCCCUCUGCCUGAGAGGAUCAAAGGGAGGAUGGAAGCAGGGAAUACGGGGUUUGAAGUGACUUGUGGCAGCCAAGGGAGCGCACAAGGUGCUGAGAGACCCUCCUUGUGCCUGCUGCCAGCAUCUCAGUCUACCUCCAUAGACCAGCCUAAUAUGCCCCUGGUAAGCGGAGCAAGCCCAGAGAUAUCCCCACUUCCCAAGAAGCUAAACCGUAGUCAGAAGGAAAGGGAGACAAUGUGCCGAUCGUGGCAGAGGAGGAAGGAGCGAGAAGCGCUGAGGAGGCAAAAGGAGGAGGAAAAAGAGAGGAAGAGGGCCCUUGCCAAGAUGCUGAAAGCUCAGCGGCCAGGGGAGUGCCAGAAAUACAUCACAGUGGUGCUAGAUCCAGUUCUGUUGCAGGUAGAAGGUGGUGAACAUGUCUUUAGUGCUUUGCAGGCUGCAAAUUAUUCCUGUGUGGUUGAGGAUCAGGCUGUUCCCUGUAGCAUCACCUGGAGGAGAAAGACUGUGUCCUUUCAGAUGGGAGAAGGAGAUGAAUGGACAGAAGAACCAAAUGUCCUGGUUCUGCUUCGCUUGGAGGAGUUUUUGUCCAUGGCUCACAACUACAAACAAGAGGCCCAGGCCUGUAUAGAAGGACAGGAGACCCUACAGACCUACGUAGCUCGUGUGAUGGAGAAAAUGCCUGGGAAGAUUCUAGCACUGGCGGUUGCUGAAGUAGAAAAUUAUUUCAGAUCCCAUCCUCACUUCACUCUUCUUUGGUCUCUCAGACUUCAGUCAAAAAAGAGACAGCGACAAGCAACAGCAAAUGGAAGCCAAGAUGGGGAACAAGGAAGACGGAAAAAAAAGGCAGUUAAGGAUUCUGGCCUGGAAAUAACCAGAUUGGAUGUGGAAGAAGCCUUGGUGGACCUGCAGCUGUGCAAACAAGUCCAAGUCCGCUUUUUUGAGAGCUGGGAGGAGCUUGGAGUAUAUGCCACUAUGUUCACAAAAUCUGUGGCUGAAGCACCCUUCAAGCGAGAGCGGGAGAACAUGGGAUUCUCCUUCUACUUAGAGAAGGCGUGGUGUGGAGGGGUGAAGGUGGAUCGUUCUGGAAAGGGUCUCUUGGAAGUUUGGAAGAGACAAUUACAACAGUUUAACCGGGUCAGCCUGGAGAUGGCUGAGGCUAUUGUGUCCACCUACCCUUCUCCUCAGCUCCUGAACCAGGCCUAUAUGAGGUGCUCCUCAGAGCAGGAGCGGGAGAACAUGCUGGCUAACAUCCCUGUGCACCGUGGUGACGGUGUGACAGCCACCUCCCGGCGCAUCGGACCGGAGCUCUCCCGACGAGUCUAUCUCCAGAUGACUUCCCAUGAUCCUGAUCUCUAUUUGGAUAUUACUGGGUAG